AGGGCCGCUCUGUGCGCGCCCGCUCUAUGAUGCUUGCGCGCGUCCCCCGCGCGCCGCGCUGCGGGCGGGGCGGGUCUCCGGGAUUCCAAGGGCUCGGUUACGGAAGAAGCGCAGAGCCGGCUGGGGAGGGGGCUGGAUGCGCGCGCACCCGGGGGGAGGCCGCUGCUGCCCGGAGCAGGAGGAGGGGGAGAGCGCGGCGGGCGGCAGCGGCGCUGGCGGCGACUCCGCCAUAGAGCAGGGGGGCCAGGGCAGCGCGCUCGCUCCGUCCCCGGUGAGCGGCGUGCGCAGGGAAGGCGCUCGGGGCGGCGGCCGUGGCCGGGGGCGGUGGAAGCAGGCGGCCCGGGGCGGCGGCGUCUGUGGCCGUGGCCGUGGCCGUGGCCGGGGUCGGGGCCGUGGCCGGGGCCGGGGCCGGGGCCGCGGCCGUCCCCAGAGUGGCGGCAGCGGCCUUGGCGGCGACGGCGGCGCGGGCGGCUGCGGCGUCGGCAGCGGUGGCGGCGUCGCCCCCCGGCGGGAACCUGUCCCUUUCCCGUCGGGGAGCGCGGGGCCGGGGCCCAGGGGACCCCGGGCCACGGAAAGCGGGAAGAGGAUGGACUGCCCGGCCCUCCCCCCCGGAUGGAAGAAGGAGGAAGUGAUCCGAAAAUCAGGGCUCAGUGCUGGCAAGAGCGAUGUCUACUACUUCAGUCCGAGUGGUAAGAAGUUCAGAAGUAAACCUCAGCUGGCAAGGUAUCUGGGAAAUGCCGUUGACCUCAGCAGUUUUGACUUCAGAACUGGCAAGAUGAUGCCUAGUAAAUUACAGAAGAACAAGCAGAGACUACGGAAUGAUCCUCUGAAUCAGAACAAGGGUAAACCAGACUUGAACACAACAUUGCCAAUUAGACAAACUGCAUCAAUUUUCAAGCAACCAGUCACCAAAGUCACAAACCACCCCAACAAUAAAGUGAAGUCAGACCCACAACGGAUGAAUGAACAACCACGUCAGCUUUUCUGGGAGAAGAGACUGCAAGGACUUAGUGCAUCAGAUGUAACAGAACAAAUUAUAAAAACCAUGGAGCUACCCAAAGGCCUUCAAGGAGUCGGUCCGGGUAGCAAUGACGAGACCCUUCUGUCUGCUGUGGCCAGUGCUUUGCACACAAGCUCUGCACCAAUCACAGGACAAGUCUCUGCGGCCGUGGAGAAGAACCCUGCUGUAUGGCUUAACACAUCCCAACCCCUCUGCAAAGCUUUCAUUGUCACAGAUGAAGACAUUAGGAAACAGGAAGAGCGAGUCCAGCAAGUACGCAAGAAAUUGGAAGAAGCACUGAUGGCGGACAUCCUGUCCCGGGCUGCUGACACGGAGGAGGCAGACAUCGAUAUGGACAGUGGAGAUGACGCUUAAGAAUAUGAUCAGGUAACUUUCAACUGACCGUCCCCAAGAGCAAAUUGCUAGAAACGGAUUGAAAACAUUUCCACCGGGUUCCGCCUGUAAGAAAACAGUGUACCUGAGCACAUAGAGCUUUUUAAUAGCACUAACCAAUGCCUUUCUAGAUGUAUUUUUGAUGUAUAUAUCUAUUAUUCCAAAUGAUGUUUAUUUUGAGUCCUAGGACUUAAAAUUAGUCUUUUAUAAUAGCACGCAGGACCCUUAAAAUGAAGUGGAGCUUCUGAUGCCAGGUGCGGUCUACUGGAAAUGUAGCACUUACGUGAGAUAUUUGUUCCCCACAGUUUUAAUAUAAACAGAUCAGGAGUACCAAAUAAGUUUCCCAAUUAAAGAUUAUUAUGACUUCACUGUAUAUAAGCAGAUUUUUAUACUUUAUUGAAAGAAGAUACCUGUACAUUCUUCCAUCAUCACUGUAAAGACAAAUAAAUGAUUAUAUUCACAGACUGAUUGGAACUUUUUCUGUUAAAGAAUACACACUAUAAUAGACCCGGAUAGCACUCCUGAUCCAUGCUCAACUUAGACCCUCGCCUUAGCUUGGAAAUGGAGCUGGUGUAUUGCAGUGCACCUACAGGCUUCUCUCUGUAGGGAUUGUCUCGCCAGAAGCUUCACAUUGUCUCCUGCCAUCCAGUUUUCUUCUUUUCUUCUCUUGCCUGUGACUAGGACUUUGAAUAGUGCUACAAAAGUAAGGCUCGUUCUUCCUGUGACACAAGUUAGCUAUACAAGGCCCCCUGUGGGUGCUGCCCGGUAGCUUCCUGAGUCUGCAGAGCACUUCAGAUCCUUUGCGCAAUGAGCCGGAGUGUGAAGCUUUACUAAUCAGUAUCUGACCAAAGUAUUAAUUAUUUUCUUUUGUUUGAAGCCUGACUUUAUUACCACUGAAAUAGCUUGAUAUUUAUUUAUUAAAACUGGCAUUAAAUUAUUCAGUGAGUUUUUAAAUUAAAACAUACCUAAAUUGAUCUGAGCCAAAGACAAGAGGGAGUGGCUAUAAGGAAAUUGUGAAAAAUGAAGGCACAAUGGAGGUUGCUUUAUAGGGAUAGUUGAUGUAUUUGUGUAUUUAUGUUCACUUUAAAUGAGCACUCAUGUUAAACAUGCAUGAGUCCCUACGUUCAGAUCCCAGCACCAAAAAACCACCAUCACCAAAACACAAUAAAAUUAGACCUGAAGUAAUGUAGUCAAGGUGUGACCACCUGUGCAUCUGUGUCACCUGCACCCGUUCAUCCCCAGGGGAGAAUGGAGCAGCAGGAUUGCCAAAGCUUUCCAACUGGGUGUUUGGGCUGCUCUGGUUUUGGAACUUUAUUGCCAAACUGUAACAAUACUUUUUGGAAUUUCUGGUUACUAAAUUUAUAUGUCUGAGCCUUAGGCCCCCAUUUUCUGGAAACAUCGCUGCUGGUAGAUGAAUGGCAGACUUGCCAGCUCUGGGAGGAUUGUAGCCAGAGGAUCCCAGCUAGCGGCCAUCAGAGUGACUCAGGCUAAGAAUGUUGGAGUUAACACUGAUAUUUCUUAAAGAGCUAGUGUUACUAUUGGAAUGGCUUUCCAAAAGCUGUUCUUCUCCUACCCAAAACCCCAACUCUUUACAUACAGCUAUGUCUUGAGAUCACGUUUUGGCAAUCAUAUAUUCUUUUUACAACAGAAUCUAACCCACCAUGCAAACUUCUGUAAAGAGACUUUUGAAGCAAACUGACAGUGACCAUACCACAAAGCUUCAGUAGUUACUCCCUGUGUCCUUCGCUCAGGUAGACACAAGGUGUAAAAGCCAUUACAAAGCGGUGUCUUAGUGACCAUCGCAUGAGGCUGAGAUGUUUCCAGUAUACCCACAGGACUUGUCUGAAAUUAAAUUCGUCAUUUUAUCAGAAACCGCCAUCAUCUUGGAUUCUUCAACUUGGCUCAAAAUCAACUUCAGCUGGAUAAGACAGAGAUACAGGGACGAUGUUGGAUGUUGCUCAUUCCCCUGCUUGCAGCAUCUUAAUCCUGUUACAAGUGUUGAGGUAGCCACACUCCUCACAUCCUUCCCUCCACAACCACUAAGUUCACAGGAACCUUCUUCCCUCCCUUUGGACUUUUGAAUAGCUUUUCCCCUUUCCAGCUGUUCCCUGUCCCUUCUUCUCUCUAUUCCCCCACUUUUGUCUCCAGAGAAGCAGAGGUGAUCCCUGCUUAGAAUUCCUCAUGCCUUUAAAUGCAGGUUCAAGUGUCAGAGCAGGAACUUUGCAGUUAGAGAGCCUGUCAGGGCCCUCAGUCUCCUUGAGUUCUUCCCUCCUCGGUGAUACAGGAAUAACAACAAUACCUACCUCAUAGAGUUGUGAGGAUUCCGCCAGAUGCUGUUGGCCAGGUGCUUGGUACAGUGCCUGGCACUUAGCAGGCACACUCGGGAGAAUGCUGUCACCGUCCUCCCUGUUACUUUCAAGAGGCAUUUGUCGGUAACCCUGACUGUCUUCGUAGCUCUGUUUUCAGUACCCCAUUUCUCUGUAUAGAAUUCUAAAACCUGUUUGAUUUGUUGAUUCUGUGUCUCUUUAGUAGAAUGUAAGCUCCAGGAGAGCAAGGCUGUUUCCUGGUACAGCCCCAGCCCUUAGCCUAUUGCACGUAGUCAGCCUCGCCCUGCUGCUGUCCCCAUUGCCUUUCCCUUCAAGAAAAGCCACAUCAUUUCUCCCUUGAAGUUCUGCUGGGCCUCAGUGUCUGUACCCCUGUUACCCCUGCCUACCUGUCUAACAUGGCAAGUUCCUGCUCACGGAUAAGUGUCAGCUCAGUGGCGACCUCGUCCUGCUGUUGCCCCAAUUUCUCCAGGCAGAUGCUCUUCUUCUUGUCUGAGUUCUCACUGUAUUUUGUAAAUACCUCCGCGGAGGCACUUUAUUGUAUUGUAAAAAAUGUUAUGCAUGUCCGACUCUAGUAUGAUCUGUAAUCAAAGUAAAAGCAGAGCUGGUGUCUUUCCAUCUUAAGCCCCCCAGGGCCUUGGACAAAGCCUGGAAUGUGCUUGUCGGUAAGGAUUUGUUGACUGAGUUUGUGUGUGAGUAAAAGACUCAUGCAGGUAGAAAACAAGUUUUAUCAAAACAGAGUGCCCAAUGGCUUCCAGAAAUUUUUUUCCUUUACAAAGCAUUAUAUAAUCUCUUUGAAUGUUAUAAUGUUUAAAUUUUAAAAAUAAUACAAGUUUAAUAUAGAUCUUCAUAAAUGAUUGCAAAAGAUAUCUAAAGCUUUGUGAUCUUUCAAAUGCGAUAGAGUUCAAAAUAAAUAUUUGCACUAUUUCCAUAGUGAAUGCUAUGAGGAAAUGUACAGCAAUAAAUUUUGAAGCUUUAAAAAA